AUGGACUACGCGCCGACCUCCGUACCGGCAACGGUGCUCAAAAUAUUAUGUUGCCAGUGUGGUGUGCCCAUGGAGCCAAAUCCGGCCAAUAUGUGUGUUUCUUGCCUUCGUAUACAUGUGGAUAUCACUCAAGACAUACCCAAACAAGGAAUUUUGCAAUUUUGUCGCAACUGUGAGCGAUAUCUACAACCACCGUUCGAGUGGAUAUCCUGUGCGCUUGAAUCUAAGGAACUGUUAGGGCUAUGCUUGCGUAAACUGAAAGCAUUGAAUAAAGUGAAACUAGUGGAUGCUGGAUUUAUUUGGACCGAACCUCAUUCCAAACGUAUCAAGGUAAAACUUACUGUACAUGGUGAAGUGAUGAGUGGCAUGACAUUACAACAAGUGUUUGUGGUUGAAUUUACUGUUGCAAAUCAAAUGUGUGAUGAUUGUCAUAGGUCUGAAGCUCAGGAUUACUGGCGUGCUUUAGUACAAGUUAGACAAAAAUCAGAUAACAAGAAAACAUUUUAUUACUUAGAACAGUUAAUGUUAAAACACAAAGCACAUAAAAAUACAUUGUCUAUAAAACCAGAAUCAAAUGGUUUGGAUUUUUUUUACUCAACUGAGUCACAAGCUCGUAAGCUUGUGGAUUUCAUGACUGCUGUGUUGCCUUGCCGAUAUCAGCAUUCUAAAAAGUUGUUAUCGCAUGAUAUUCAUAGUAAUACUUAUAAUUACAAAUUCACAUACAGCAUGGAAAUUGUUCCUGUCAUGAAGGAUAGUAUUGUUUGCUUGUCUAAAAAAGUUAGUCAACAACUAGGAGGGAUCAGUCCUCUUUGUAUCGUUUACAGAGUAACAAAUUCUAUUAAGCUGAUUGAUCCAUCUACCGCUCAAUUGGCGGAGGUGAGCAGUUCUGCGUAUUGGAGAGAUAGUUUUCAAAGUGUAUUCAAAAGUAAACAAUUAACAGAAUACACUGUAAUGGAUAUUGAACCAAUCAUGGAAAAAGACCGAGUACAAUUUCCGGGGCAAGGACAACUUUCAUACAAGCAUAUGUUGGCUGACGUAUGGGUGGUAAAAUCUAGUGAUUUGGGAUUGACAACAGACACUAUACAUUGCCGGUCACAUUUAGGACACGUACUCAAGCCAAUGGACACGGUUUUGGGCUACGCUAUUGCUGAUAGUAAUGCUAAUGAUAGCAAUUUUGAAAAAUUGCCCAAAUCAUCAUUGCCAGAUGUAAUACUGAUAAAGAAAAAUUAUCCGGACCGCGCAAGGCACCGCAGGCGUACUUGGAAAUUGAAACGAAUGACCACGGACACAGAAAUGAAUGUUGAAAGUGAUGACAAUGACAUGGACGAAUUUAUGGACGAUUUGGAAGAGGACAAAGAUUUAAGGCAAAAUAUUAAUAUAUACAAAAAUCCGGAUGUCUGUAUUGAAUCUGCUGCGGAAGACGAUGAUGAUGACGAUGCUCCACCUCGUAUUAGCCUUGAAGAGAUGAUGGAAGAUUUGAAUAUUUAUGAAGAUGAUGUAAUGGAAGUAUAUGAGUAAAAUGUUUUCUUUUUUCAUUGUAUGAAUUUACAAUGUUUAAUAAAAUCACAUUGUUGACAACA